AUCGCGGGCCCAAAUCAAUUUUAUUUAUCAUUCAUCGCGGUGCAAGUGCAAUUCAGCACAUACCUUAAAUGGCAGAAUCGUUGAGUUAAGCUCUAGCGAUUCAGCGAAUGCCUUAAAUGGCAGGAGGCAGGAGGCAGGAGGCAGGCGCCCUGUAAUAAAUAGGGCCGCAGAGGCUAUACUGCCCGCUGGUACUCUGUUUAAGGCACAGAGAGAGAGAGAGAAACAGAGAAGCAGAGAGAGUGAUGGAAAUGGAAGUGGGUAAGGUGAUACUGACAGUGGUGGUUUGUGGGUUAGUGGGUUUGGGGCUGCAUCUGUACCAUUUGCUGUGGCUGAACCCAAGGCUGCUGAGGAGGAACCUGAGGAGGCAGGGGAUCGGAGGGCCUUCCCCUUCAUUCCUGGUGGGCAAUAUCCCUGACAUCAAGAGGCUCCAUCUCCAAGCAAAUCUCAAAUCUUCAUCAUCACCACCUGCCGACAGUACACAUGAAAAACAUCAUCUUGCUCAUGACUGGCCGACCAGGCUCUUCCCAUACAUUCAGCACUGGCAAAAAGAAUAUGGCUUAACAUUCAUGUAUUCAGUUGGAAACCUACAUCAAUUAUGCAUAACAGAUCCAGAGCUGUUAAGGGAGAUGAGCACAUACAGCACAUCUUUGGACAUGGGGAAGCCAGAAUAUCUAAAAAAGGAACGAGGGCCUUUGCUUGGUGAGGGCAUUGUAUCUUCAAGUGGCCAAAUUUGGGCUCAUCAAAGGAAAAUUAUGGCCCCUGAGUUCUUCAUCGAUAAGGUUAAAGGCAUGGUGAACCUAAUGGCGGACUCUACAACCUCAAUUAUAAGAUCUUGGGCAAGUAAAAUCGAGAGUGCAGGUGGGAUUGCGAACAUUAGAGUUGAUGAGGAUUUGAGGCGCUUGUCUGCAGAUAUUAUAUCCAGAGCUAGUUUUGGAAGCAAUUACCCCCAAGGAGAAAAAAUAUUCUCAAAACUCAGAGAUCUUCAAAUAAUCAUGGCCAAAAAAAACUAUGGGAUUCCUGGUUUAAGAUAUGUGCCCACCGCAUCCAACAGAGAGAUGUGGAGAUUAGAGAAGGAAAUCAACUCAAGUAUACUAAAGGUGGUGAAAGAUCGCAGUGAAGGUAAAAGUGAUGAGAAGGAUUUCUUACAAAUUAUGAUUGCAGCCGCUAAGAACUGUGGCAACUCAUCUGAUGGUCAGUCACCGGACAUUAGCCUAGACAAGUUCAUAGUAGACAAUUGCAAGACCAUAUACUUUGCUGGCCAUGAGACUACCGCAACCACAGCUUCAUGGGCCUUGGUGUUAUUAGCUGCUCAUCAAGACUGGCAAGCUCGUGUUCGUGCUGAAGUUCUUGAAAUAUGCAAAGACAAUCUUCCAGAUUCUGAUAUGCUUCGAAGCAUGAAAACACUGACAAUGGUGAUUCAAGAGACGUUGCGUCUUUACCCACCAGCAGCAUUCAUUGUUAGAAAAGCCUUCCAAGAAAUAAAGUGCAAAGAUAUUCAAAUACCAAAGGGCAUGAUCUUGUGGAUUCCAAUAGCAGCACUGCACCAUAAUGCUGAUAUAUGGGGACCUGAUGUCUAUGAAUUUAAACCUGAGAGAUUUGCCAAUGGAACCACGGCAGCUUGCAAGAUUCCACAGGCUUAUAUGCCAUUUGGAUGGGGUUCUCGCAUAUGCCUUGGCCAACACUUCGCUAUGGUAGAAUUGAAGGCAAUUCUAUCUCUCAUUAUAUCCAAGUUUCAAUUUUCGCUCUCCCCUGCAUAUCGCCACUCCCCCACAUUUACACUGGUUGUGGAACCUGGGCAUGGUGUUCUUCUCCAUAUGAGCAAAGUGUGACUGAUUUCCUUAGCUCCUUAAAAGUUCAAUAAGACUAUAUAUGCAGCUAGAUUUUGUUUUAUGUAUGUCAUGUGUCUUCAUUCAUGUAUAUGAAGUCAUUAUGCCUUAAGACAUCGUGCGCGCGCGCGUGCGCGCUGCUGUUCUCUCUC